GUGGGCUUCCUGGUAAUUUCCCCUGGUGAAAGGCGAGGCCCGCGGUGUGGCGGCUGGGGGAUUUCUUCGCUGGCCGCGUGUCCAUCGAUGGUCGGAGGCUCGUGCGGCAAGGAGAGGGGCUGGGGUGGUCUGCGGCGUGCUGGGCGGCAUUUGGAGCUUCUGGGGCGAGCGUUCCGGCUGCCCCCCCUCUUCCGCUCUUGCUGCUGGUGGGGUUGGGCCGCCGCGGGUGCCGCUUGUGCGACUGCGUCGGCGGCGCUGUUGGCGGAGGUGGAGGUUGCUGUGGGUCGUAUUGGAGCUGCGCGGACGCCGGACGGAGGGGGACGGAGCUUCUAUCCCGGUCCUGUUGCAGCUGCCGUCUCUGGUCGGUGCGUUGGGGCCGGCCUUCUUCGUCGGUUUCGUCUCUCGCUGAUUGAUGUGGGAGGCAAUUUGGGGGAGUUGGUCAAGCUGUCUACGGUCCAGGCUUCUGGUGGGGAUGACUGCGUUUGGAGGAGGUGUGCUUCAGCUACGUCUGCGCCUCAUGUGGUCGCUUCAUCCUGGUGGCCGGCUCACCUGGUGAAUGCGUCCCUUUGUGUUCGGGCAUGUAUUUGUGCCUUUAUUCUGUGAUUACCGUGGUGUGUCGCCGGCGUAUUUAGGGAUUGGAUGUGUGUUGCGCUUGCUGGGGCCUUUUGUAAGUCCUCUUUUUUUUUCCUUCAGCAUUGGUUUUUCCUGUACGGAAAGGAAGCCUGUUUAAUUAGCUGCUACCAUCUCCGUGCAUGAUAAGUGGAGUUAUGUUUGUAAGCUUAGUUUGGUUGAGCUUCUUUCCCUGUAUUUUCAUGGUGGACGAGUCAACGUUUGUUAUGGUUGUUAAACAUGUACUUGUGUAAUUGUAACGUUGAGUACUGUAAACCGAGUCCACUCCUAGAUAAUAGGAUCUAGCAAGGCUCCUGGCCUGCGUGCCACAUUUUCAGGAGCGCUUGCUCUCUCCUGAGGGGAUAUAUGUAUUUGUACAUUUCUAACUUGAUGGUUCAGUGAAUAGAAAUCAUCUCUCCAACUUGGUAUCAGUUACCAGGCGCACCAUGGCCACCUCUCCCUCCACCGCCGCCGCUACGAGCUCUGCCACCUCCCCCGGCGAUCUCUCAUCCUCCUCGACGGCGCCUGCUGCGGCCUCCUCCACUGCUUCCUCCCCGCCGUUCGUCUUCGGCACAUCCCCCUCUCUCAUCAACGGCUCCUCCCCCGUUGCGGGCACCCAGUUUGCCCCCCUGUUCACCACCGCCGUUCCUCCUGCUCCUCCGUCGCCCGCUCCUCGCAACCCCAUCUUCCUGGAUCACAUCACAAACCACAUCAAGUUCCUCCUCAACCCCGCCGACCACAAUUAUCACAAAUGGAAAACCUUCGUCCUCAUGGUUCUCGUCCGCUACGGCGUCUCCUACCUCGUCGAACACCCGCCGCCACCCAAUGCUUCCGCCACUUACCUCGAGCUCGAUGCCCACGUCGUUCUGUGGAUCUACGCCACCCUCUCGGACACCAUGUGUGAUCACGUCGUCGGCGCCACGACCACUUUCGCCCUCUGGAACAAGAUCCGCGACUACUUCCUUGCCAAUCGCGCCGCUCGCUUCAUGAUCCUCAACCGCAAGUACCGCAACCUCAAGCAGGGCGAUUUGUCUGUCUCCGAGUACGCUCGCCGGAUGAAACUCCUCACGGACGCUCUCGCCGACAUCGACCGCGCUGUCACCGAGGUGGACCUCACCACCCAGUUCCUCCAUGGCCUCGACAAGCGGCUCGACACGAUUCGGGUCGUCCUUGGUGAUCAGGACCUGCCCUUCGACACCGUCCUCUCCCGGGUCGUCCUGGCCGAGGAAUCCCAGGAGCAUCGCGCGGCCAAAGAGAGCACCUCCGCGUUCGCCCUGCCGAGUGGUGGCGCCUCUGGUUCCGGCUCCAGCACGGGUGGCCGUACCCCGCCGGAUCGUGCGGAUCGCGCCCCUGCUGGCGCCCCGGUCGCUCCUCCACAACCGCUCCUCCACAGCCGCACCCGCACCCUGGCCGUGGCCGUGGUGACCGCGGUGGCCGUGGUCGUGGUCGUGGCCGCGGUCGUGGACGUGGCGACAACACUGGACGCAGCCACCCCGCUCCUCUCCUGGCGUCGCCCUUCACCGGCUUACCCGCUCCUGCCCGCACCACCGGCGCCCCCUGCGCCGUUCUACCAGCAUCCUCCUUCCUCCUGGGAAUACGCGGCCAUGCUCAACGCCACCUACAGCAACGGUGGCUUCCCGUCCGCUCCUGCGCCCGAGUGGUACUUCGACAGUGGCGCUUCCUCUCAUGUGACCGGCAACCAAGAUACUAAGUUGCCUAGAAAGGAGGGUUGUGAUGCGUCGGGGCUAGGUUACCACAUCGGCCCUGGCUGUCAGGAUCUGGACCACUACCUUGGGAGCGUGGAUCGGGAACUUCCUGGCCUGGGGAAACAGCCGAUAGAUCGAAGGCGGCAUCCUGGAGAAGGGCGCAACGUCCUGGUCCGGGGCAGGCAGCGCCCCGACGGCCGCGUGGCAGCGGCCUGGACGAAUGCCGACGGAGCUCCCUUAGCAGCAAAUGGCGGCGGCUACAGCAGGAUAUCCCCCCUCUACCGGACGAGUUCGAGUUCAGUCAGGCCCUCCAGAUCUUUGUCCCGGGGGUAA